AAUUAAAUGUAUCUACUUUACAAAAUAAAAAUUAAAAAUUAAAACUUUAAAAAUAAGAGAUGGCAUGGGAAAUGGGUUAUGGCGUAGCAGGUGACUUCCAUGAAAGUUUAGGGAUAAUAUUAUAUGAGUUUCAUUAAACAAACCCUAAUGUCUAUUGAAGAAGAAGACGAAGAAGAAACACAAGGAAAGGAAUUGGUGGAGAUCAGAGUAACACCACCACUCCAAACCAUCUCUUUCCCUUUCUUCAACCACACAAAUUCUCUUCAUUAAACCUUCUCUCUAGUUUUCCCUUUUAGCCUUCAUAUAUAUUACGUCUAACACGUUCAAUUAAAACAUUCCUUCUUCCCUAAAAAUCUGAUCUUUGAGUUUCUAGAUAGACCACAAUGGAUUCUCAGGUCUUGGUUGCUCUGGCCCUCUCACUUGUUGGGGGACUCAGUACUUCUAUAGGUGCAAUUUUAGUGAUUCUCAAUCCAACUCCAAAUUUGAAGAUGCUUGGGCUUCUUCAGGGCUUUGCUGCAGGUCUAAUGUUGAGCAUAUCAUUCUUGGAUUUAGCUCACAACGCGAUAAACUCGAUUGGCUUCUUAAAAGGAAACUUAUGGUUUUUUUCGGGUGUUAUUUUCUUUGCUGUGAUUGCUAAUUUUAUUCCAGAGCCAUCACUUGCUCCUGUUCCAAAUAAGAAAGAUAAAAAGAAAAAUGGGGAUGAAGGUGGCAAGGAUAUCAUGAAAAAGCAUCGUCGUCAAGUCUUAUAUAGUGGAAUUGUCACAGCAAUAGGAAUAAGCUUGCACAAUUUUCCAGAAGGAAUGGCAGUGUUCCUUGGAUCCAUGAAGGGUCUUCGUGUCGGUGUCAACUUGGCCCUGGCGAUCGCUUUGCACAACAUCCCCGAGGGCGUUGCGGUUGCACUUCCAGUUUACUUUGCAACUCAAAGCAAAUGGCAGGCAUUCAAAUUGGCAACACUUUCUGGUUUUGCUGAACCUUUGGGUGUUAUAAUUGUGGCCUAUCUUUUCCCAAGCAACUUGAAUCCCGAAAUUCUUGAAGGCCUUCUUGGAGCAGUUGGUGGAGUGAUGGCUUUUCUAACUCUGCAUGAGAUGCUUCCAUUGGCGUUUGAAUAUGCGGGGCAAAAGCAAUCUAUAAAGGCGGUGUUCUUGGGAAUGGCUUUCAUGUCAGCAAGCUUAUAUUUUCUUGAAAUCAGCUUGCCUAAGGAGAUGAGCUUGUAGAGUAAAUGGUCAAUUUGUAUCAGGAUUCUGCAUUGAAUAAACUUACAAUUAUAGCCAACUUUCUUAACUGAUUUUAUUAAGAUAUGAUUCAACACCAAAAUGGAUUUUUUCUUUUUUUUUUACUUUGCACUUUUUAUUUCUAAUUUUCUAUCUUAAUCUUGUAAAUAAAUAAAGAAUAUGGACCCUGUUGUGCA